UACACAGUAGUGAAGACAUCCAGUGAGUGUAAGACACCCAGCAGCUGUCCACUUGUGUCAGGAGGACUGAGCAGGACUCAGAGCCCCAUCACAGUGCCUCCUCCUUACUCGCGGAUGCAUGAGAGACACAAUGACCAGAAGAUCCUGGAAAUCACCAACAAGAUCAUUCAGCUGCUGACUGGAGAGGAGGGGGGAGUAUAUAGAGGAACACAGGGGUCUGUACAAGGACGUGAUGAUGGAGAAUCACCGGCCCCUCACAUCACUGGAUGGGCCCAGUAACAGAGAUACCCCAGAGAGAUGUCCCCGUCCUCUGUGUUCCCAGGAUUUUACAGAGGAGAAUCACAGGAUCCCACAGGAGGAUCAGGUAGAAGAUCUGUCAGAUAUAAAGGCAGAAGAUAUAGAGGGAGAAGAAGAGACGUAUGUGACUGAUAUAAAGGCAGAAGAUAUAGAGGGAGAAGAAGAGACGUAUGUGACUGAUAUAAAGGCAGAAGAUAUAGAGGGAGAAGAAGAGACGUAUGUGACUGAUAUAAAGGCAGAAGAUAUAGAGGGAGAAGAAGAGGCGUAUGUGACUGAUAUAAAGGCAGAAGAUAUAGAGGAAGAAGAGACGUAUGUGACUGAUAUAAAGGCAGAAGAUAUAGAGGGAGAAGAAGAGACGUAUGUGACUGAUAUAAAGGCAGAAGAUAUAGAAGGAGAAGAAGAGACGUAUGUGACUGAUAUGAAGGCAGAAGAUAAAGAGGGAGAAGAAGAGACGUAUGUGAGGGGUGAUCAGCAGUGUAAGGAGGAGGAAAUCCCUACAGAUAUCAGCACAGCAGAUGGACACACAAGCAGGAACAUCUCAGAAGGACAUCUAAUGUUAUCCCCGGAUUGUGACAUAAAAGAUAAUGACAGUAGACAGGAUUCUCCAGGAGCUAAUCCCAUUACCCCAAUUAUACAUCCAGCUAUAUCAGCUGGUCCCUCUGAUCCUGGGAAAUGUUCUCCUGGUCACUCUGAUAUUGGUGCAUCUGUUACAGCUCUGACAGUAAAUACAGUGUUUCCCUGUUCUGUAGAUGCCAAAUGUUUUCCACAGAACACAAAGGCUCUUAACCCACAGACAGGUAAGGCAGGUGAGAGUCCAUUUCUAUGUUCCGAGUGUGGGAAAUGUUUUACAUACAAAUCGUAUCUUCUUAGACAUCAGAGCAGUCACACAGGUGAGAGGCCAUUUCCAUGUUCUGAGUGUGGGAAAUGUUUUGCACAUAAAUCAGAUCUUGUUACACAUCAAAGAUGUCACACAGGUGAGAAACCAUUUUCAUGUUCUGAGUGUGGGAAAUGUUUUACAUACAAAUCAGCUCUUGUUAUACAUCAGCGAAGUCACACAGGUGAGAGGCCAUUUCCAUGUUCUGAGUGUGGGAAAUGUUUUGCACAUAAAUCAGAUCUUGUUACACAUCAAAGAUGUCACACAGGUGAGAAACCAUUUCCAUGUUCUGAGUGUGGGAAAUGUUUUACACUGAAAUCACAUCUUGUUAAACAUCAGAGAUGUCACACAGGUGAGAAACCAUUUCCAUGUUCUGAGUGUGCAAAAUGUUUUGCACAUAAAUCAGAUCUUGUUACACAUCGGAGAAGUCACACAGGUGAAAAACCAUUUUCAUGUUCUGAGUGUGCAAAAUGUUAUGCACAUAAAUCAGAUCUUGUUGCACAUCGGAGAAGUCACACAGGUGAGAAGCAAUUUUCAUGUUCUGAAUGUGGGAAAUGUUUUGCACAUAAAUCACAUCUUGUUACACAUCAGAGAAGUCACACAGGUGAGAAACCAUUUUCAUGUUCUGAUUGUGUGAAAUGUUUUACACAGCAAUCAAAUCUGAUUACACAUCAGAGAAGUCACACAGGUGAGAAACAAUUUCCAUGUUCUGAGUGUGGGAAAUGUUUUACACUGAAAUCAAAUCUUGUUACACAUCAGAAAAGUCACACAAGUGAGAAACCAUUUUCAUGUUCUGAAUGUGGGAAAUGUUUUACACUGAAAUCAGAACAUAUUACACAUCAGAGAAGUCACACAGGUGAGAAACCAUUUCCAUGUUCUGAGUGUGGGAAAUGUUUUGCACAUAAAUCAAAACUUGUUACACAUCAGAGAAGUCACACAGGUGAGAAACCAUUUUCAUGUUCUGAGUGUCGGAAAUGUUUUACACAGCAAUCAAAUCUGAUUACACAUCAGAGAAGUCACACAGGUGAGAAACCAUUUCCAUGUUCUGAGUGUGGAAAAUGUUUUACACUGAAAUCAAAUCUUGUUACACAUCAGAGAAGUCACAGGUGAGAGGUCAUAUCCAUGCUCUGAGUUUGAGAAGUAAAUCAGCUCUGUUUCACACAAUAGACAUCACACAGGUGAGGAUCCUUUUUAUUCUCAUCACCAUUGCCAUACAAUGUUCCUCAAGGUUCUUAUCCUAUGUCCUAUGCUUUUUGCUGCCACUGGGUGAAACAAUAAGACGUCAUGCUCUUGUCUACCACUGCUGUGCAGAUGACCUGUCUUUUUCUCUGUGUACUCGGAAACCCAAUACUAAUCCUAAGUGUCUGUCUAGCUGAGCUCCAGGUGUGGGUGAUGGUAGUUGUCUGUGGGGCAGAUGUAUUAAGCCUGGAGAAGUGAUAAAG